GACAAGUAGGAAACUUCUGUGACCUCUAUCUCUCGGGCGCGCUCACACGUGCUGCCGUCCUCACGAGCUUCCAGGUUGGAUCUCAUAACUUUUAGGAACAGACUUUGAUUUGUUCUUCUAUUCUUGUUCUGACCAAGAUUAUUUCCGUUGCUUCGAGAGGAGAAAUAGAAGAUUCAUUAACUCUGAAAGAAGGCUUCGUAGUUGUUUGGAAAAUAUUGCUGGAAUAGUGCCACAAACACCGCAGCCAAGAUGCGGCCUCUCACGAUGGUGGUGACAGCGGCGAUGUGUUGCGCGCAGCUCGUGAGAUGUGAAGUGUACACAUCAAGCCAAGAUUUAACAGCUGUUUUUGCCCUGGAGCGCCGUCUGGUCGCGGCGCUGAAGCAACUACGUGGGCGAGAUGGAGACGCGGCUCAACAGGAUUAAAAGGUACCUGCACCAGUACGAGCAAGUGUCUGCAGAGGGGGCGGCCACGGAAGACGUGAUAAUGGAGCGCCUGGCAGGGAAUCCGGUGCACGCUUUCCACCUCAUGAAGCGGCUGACAGUGGACUGGAAACACAUCCAGAACCAUAACAAUAUCGAUGAUAGUUGGAGAGGGGUAGUGGAAGCCCUCAGCGGCGCCAGCGUGGGCUCGGGAGCGAACGGCGGCGUAGCAGGGAGCUUCCGCGUGCGGCUCCCUCGCGAGGAAGACUUGCACGGGGCAGCUCAGGCUCUCGUCAGGCUCCAUGAUGUCUAUAACCUGAAUAUGACCCAGCUGGUGCGAGGAAACGUGUGGGGCGUCGAGAGCUAUGCAGAACUGACGGCGCAGGACUGCCUUUACAUGGGCAAACACUCCUUCAACCUCGGUCUGUACCCCCGGGCUAUCCAGUGGUUCGAGGAGGCCUACCUCUUAGCAGGUCACGGCAACGCCACGGUGACCCAAGAUCAGGUCAACAUGUUCCUUAACACGGCUAUCAAGGCGUACGACGAGCAAGUGCUGGGCCGAGAAGGUGACGAAGGAUCCCUGCCUCUGCACACAGCCGAGGUGGACCCGAAGAAGUUCAAGUACCGUCUGGGAACUGACCUGACGCCCCAGGAGGAUGCUCUGAACUUCCAGGCGCUGUGCAGGGGGGAACAGCUGCUGAGUCCCGAAUACCAAGCGACCUUAUCCUGCUUCUACGACACCCGCGGCGAGGCUUACUUCCAGCUCAUGCCAGUCAAGAUUGAGAUCCUUCACCAUACACCCGAACUUAUGAUGUUUCAUGACGUCAUUUCCGACAAGGAGAUUGAGGCUGUGAAAACGAUGGCACAGCCUAUGCUUGCACGUGCGAUGGUACAGGGAGCACAAGGAAAAGGGAACACUGUUAGUACCACGCGUACAUCAAAGGUGGGUUGGCUGGACGACUCCCUGAACCCCCUCGUCGAAAGCCUCGGCCACAGAAUAUCCCUCCUGACGGGGCUCUCGACAGACGUGACUGCUGAACACGCAGAACUCCUGCAGGUUUCCAACUACGGCAUCGGUGGUCAUUACAACCCUCAUCAUGAUUACUUGCUGGUUGACAAGUCCGAGAAGGAGCUUCUACACAACAUCCACCCUCGAGAACUCUUCAUGGGAGACAGAAUCGCCACAUUCAUGUUUUAUCUAAGUGACGUCACGCGCGGGGGUGCCACAGCCUUCCCCCGCCUUGGCACCGCGGCCUGGCCCAGGAAAGGGUCCGCCGCGUUCUGGUACAACCUGAAGAAAUCUGGACACGCAAACACGGCUACCCUCCAUGGUGCCUGCCCCGUGGUGCUCGGAUAUAAGUGGGUCAGCAACAAAUGGAUCAGAGAACGCGGACAGUUCCUCAGGAGAAAGUGUGGUCUCAGCCCCGAGGAAUAGACGAGGAGAUCCUGCUUCAGUUCCUUACGAGAAAGUCCUUCAAGACGAUUGUGAUAAAUUAUAAAAAAAAAAAAUCACUAAGUCUACUGAAAU